AUGGGGAUAUUAGGUUGGGGAUUCAGAUCAAACAUAAAGAUUCAUCAGUCAGACGAUGAAGGGUCUGCUACCUUGGCAUUGAAAGACAAAGGCACCAUUAAGUUCAGUCAAUUUAUCAAACAGGAUUUACCAAUUUUGGAUGAAUCUCAAAAGUUGUGGUUGAACCCAUUAUUAUUUAAUGGAACAUUGCAAACGUUGUAUUAUACUUCGAUGGACAGUUCUAAUAAAUUUCUAAUUUACUAUGGUCGAGAGCUUUUCACUUAUUCAGAUGGUGGUAUUUGUUCCUUGGAUUGGGUUAUUCCAAAGCCAGACGACGAACAAAAGUUUAAUACCAUUCGAAAGGAAACGUUGCCUGAAGGGUUUCCUAGAUUACAACCCCGUUGCAGAUAUUUCACGAAUGAGGAAUUGGCAGAGUUGCACCAAGAAGAUUCAACUAGUGAGAAGCCAAUUGUUGUUAUUAUUCAUGGUUUAGGUGGAGGAAGUCAUGAAUCCUUGAUUCGUGAUUUUGCCGAAACCAUUGAAAAAAAGACUAGUGGUUGGGGAAUUGUGGUCAUAAACUCUCGUGGGUGUGGUAGAACCAAAUUGACUAGUGGGAAAUUGUUUAAUGCUGGAUCAACAAACGAUAUUAGAGAAGUUUUGCAAGAUUUCAAGAAAAGAUGGCCAAAUAGACCGAUUUAUCUUGUUGGGUUCUCUUUUGGUGGGGCAUUGACGGCCAAUUUCUUGGGUGAAGAAGGUGAAAAAGAGAAUCCAGAGAACUUGGUGAAAGCUGCUUGUACUGUUGGUUGUCCUUGGGAUUUUGUUGAUGGUGCUUAUCACUUGCAAAAAUCAUGGACUGGUAAAUAUUUAUUGAGUCCUGCUCUAGCCAAAUUCUUGGCUAAGAUUGUUACAAAUAAUUAUAAAGAAUUGGAAGCUUAUGCCCCUGACAUUGUUAACAAAGAAACAUUGAAAACUAUCAAGAACUGUAAAACAUUGUGGGAGUUUGAUGAUAAUGUUACUUGCAAAACCACCCCAUACAAGAAUGCCUUUGAGUAUUAUCAAGAGUUGUCUCCAAUAAAAAAGAUUUCUCAAAUAAAAACGCCAUUGUUAGCUCUCAACUCGACCGAUGAUCCUGCAGUUGGAGUCAAAUUUCCUAUACUGCAAAUGAAAGCUAAUCCUUAUUUUUGUUUGGUUGAAACUGAUUUAGGUGGUCAUUUGGGGUAUGUCCAACUGAAUGGUGAAUUCUGGUGUGUUCAAUUAGUUGAACAGUUUUUCCAAAGAUUUGAAGAAUUGGUAAAAUAG